AUGCCUCGAUCAGUCCACUCGUACUUUACCUCUGCUCCCACUGGGGAAGACCAAGACUCUGGCGAUCCAGACCGUCCUGGAGUCGCCUCUCGAACCGUUCCACCCUCCCCGACCGAUGUCAAACGAAGUCACAGCCUUCUUGCCGAAUCCCACACCCGUUAUGAAUCCUUGGAACCGCCGUUGGAAGUGGGGGAGACCACCAGCCUUCUCGGCAAGACUCAGGAGAACCGCCGCGGCAUACCACGACGCUCAUAUACGAAUCUAUCGUCCGGCUCAGGGUCGGAGGUUCCUUUCCGACACUCGCUGCUGGCCGGGAGCCUGCGUCGAUCGCGACAUCAUAGUCGCACGAAUUCCCAGACACUGCGGUUUAGUCGACGGAGUAGUAUAGAUGCCGACCAAGUGGAUAGCCUACCAGCGUCGACCAAAGACGGUAUGACCGCUUCGUUCCUGGAUGAACGGAUGUGGUACGACCAGUUUACCUCCACCGAUUGGGUCCAUGACAGUAUCGCCGACGGUGCUCGUCUCCGGGAGCUGCGCAAACGGAAAGAUGUUCGGGGUCGCCUCCUUGCCUGGUUUGAUGGCGCCCAGGGCUGGAUCCUGGUUGCCGUGAUCGGCUGCAUCACUGCCGCCAUCGCUUACUUUGUGGAUGUCACGGAGGGUUUGGUGUUUGACCUGAAAGAGGGCUUCUGCACCACCAAAUGGUUCCACAAUCGAGAGAGCUGCUGCGUGGAAGACGGAUAUUGUCCCGCAUGGCGGUCGUGGUCGCAGAUCAUGAGACCAGUGGGGACUGGCAAUCAGUGGAUCGAUUUCGCCAUGUUUGUGGCCUGGGUGCUGUUUCUCUCGAUAGUUUCCUGCUUUCUGACCUUACUCACAAAGACGGUGGUUCCGUCGUCUAUCUCGUUGACGACGCUGGAUGAGAACCUGGGUGCCGCUUCAUCACGGAGCCCGAGGCCCUAUGCCGAUGCGGACGACUCCCCCGAACAUGAGGGCAGCCCUCAACCCUAUGUGCCCAUCCGCACCCAGCGUGACAUGGUGUACUAUGCUGCUGCCGGGAGCGGCGUAGCCGAGGUCAAGGUCAUCAACAGUGGGUUUGUCUUGCACGGGUACUUGGGGUUCAAAACAUUGGCCAUCAAGACGAUUGCGUUGGUUUUCAGCGUCUCCUCCGGCCUGAGCCUCGGCAAGGAAGGUCCGUACGUCCACAUUGCGACGUGCGUGGGGAACAUCUGCUGUCGGCUCUUCGCCAAGUACAAUCACAACGACGGGAAACGACGAGAGGUGUUGAGCGCUAGUGCUGCCAGUGGUGUUGCCGUGGCCUUUGGAGCACCGAUCGGCGGGGUUCUCUUCAGCUUGGAGGAAGUGAGCUACUACUUCCCCCCCAAGACCUUGUUCCGGACUUUCUUCUGCUGUAUUGCCGCAGCCCUGUCUCUGAAGUUCCUGAACCCUUAUGGCACCGGCAAGAUCGUUCUGUUCGAGGUGCGAUACGUUGUCGACUGGGAAUUCUUUGAACUGGCCAUCUUCAGCCUGCUUGGCAUGCUAGGAGGGGCGCUGGGCGCCCUCUUCAUCAAGGUAUCCAGUCUAUGGGCACAGUCCUUCCGACGUAUCCCGAUCAUCAAGCGCUGGCCCAUGCUGGAGGUGAUCCUCGUGGCGCUGCUCACCGGGCUGGUCAGUUUCUGGAACCGGUAUACCAAGCUGCCGGUCUCGGAACUGCUGUUCGAGCUGGCCAGCCCCUGUGAACGCAAGUCCUCGUCGCCCACGGGGAUGUGCCCCGGCGAAGAUGGGAUUGGUGAAAUCGUCCAAUAUCUUCUCAUCGCCUUUGUCAUCAAAAGCCUCCUCACAGUGGUGACGUUUGGUAUCAAAGUGCCGGCCGGCAUCUACGUCCCAUCCAUGGUUGUUGGCGGUCUUCUGGGCCGCAUCGUGGGCCAUGUGGUCCAGUACCUGGUCCUGAAGUACCCCGAGUUUUUCUUGUUCGGAUCCUCCUGUUCUGCUGUUUUUGGCAUGGAGUCCUGCGUGGUCCCCGGUGUAUAUGCCAUGGUCGCUGCGGGAGCCACGAUGUGCGGCGUCACGCGAUUGUCGGUUACACUGGCCGUCAUCCUGUUUGAACUCACCGGCAGCCUGGACCAUGUGCUUCCUUUUUCGUUGGCGGUGCUCUGCGCCAAAUGGACCGCCGACGCUAUCGAGCCGAGAAGCAUCUACGAUCUGCUAACCGAUAUGAAUGCGUAUCCGUUCCUGGACAACAAACUCCAGAUUGCCUCCGAUGCUGCUCUAGGAGACAUCGUUCGGCCGGUGCGCAAGAGCCGGGUCAUCGACAUCUCAGACUCGCCGUUUGUGCCAGCGAGGGAGCUGCGGUCCAAGUUGCAGAACCUGCUGGUCGCGGGUGAGCUAGACAGCGGCCUCCCGAUAUUGCGGCACAACGUAUUGUCGGGGCUGAUUCCGGCACCGGAGCUUGAAUAUGCGCUUGAUAGUCUUGAGGAUGAGGAGAACACGCUAUGUCUCAUGGCACUGGACACGACAUCGACAUUAUCCGAUAGUGAUGGUAGCCACGCGUCUGAUCGAGUGGAUUUCGGCCAAUACAUUGAUCCAGCUCCUAUCUCUCUUGAUAUCCAUUCCCCCAUCGACCUUGUCUACCAGUGCUUUGCCAAACUUGGCCUGCGCUAUCUCUGUGUGCUCCAGAAUGGACAGUACGCGGGGUUGGUGCACAAGAAAGCAUUUGUGAAAUUUAUGAAAGAGAACGAGUAA